UGAUAAAUAUUACAAUUUGUCAAUUCAAUCUAUUUGGCCCAAAAUCCAAAUGCGCUGACGAGGUGAUCGCAGUCGACUUCCGAACACAUAAUAUCAUGUUAUGUAAAUAGUGAUCAAUUAAUUUCUCUGUUGGCGAUUAUUAUUAUUAUUCUCACGUCAUAUAAGUCUCUGUUGCUCGGCGAUACAACCAUAAACUUGUACUUUGUAGUGUAAAGUUGACAAAGUUGUCAUUAUUAUAUCGGUUACCGGUUACCCGUACUACCUUUAUUUACCACAUUCAAUCGCCAAUAACGUAUUUUUGGUUUGCACGUACACGAGGAUCCCGUCAUCGAAACAAGUAGGGCAUAUUUAUAGCUGCAUAAUCGCUGCAACAAUGGCAUCCUCGUUCAAACACGUCACCGGAGCCGCGGACAGGGAUUCGAGAAUCGUCAAGCAGCUCGAGUUCUAUUUCAGCGACACCAAUUUACCGUACGAUAAGUUCCUGCAGGCCAAAAUCAAGCUUAACGACGGCUGGGUGCCGAUAAGCGUGCUCUUGACGUUCAAAAUGCUGAAGUCCAUCACCAGGGACUCGGCCGUGAUCGCGUCCGCCGUCAAGGACGCCGUCGGCAGCAUCGUGGAAGUCGACGAGACGGGCGUAAAGAUCAGACGCAAACCGAAAAUCACCGCGCCCGUCCCCGAUCGCCGGCUGUUCAAGGACAUUGUCCAACGGUCGAUUUAUUGUAGCGGUUUCCCGAGGACGACCACCGUGGACGAACUGUUGGAGUUCGCCGCGACCUUUGGCGAAAACGUCAUCACGAAAACCACCCCCAUGAGGUUCAGGUCCCAAGCGUUUAAGGGUUGCCUUUACUUCACGUUCAGCACCAAAGACGAGGCAGAGAAGUUUUUGGCAAGGGAAUCCGUCGAGUACAACGGCGUGGAAAUAAAGCGUAUGCGGGAGAUUGAUUUUUUGGGAAAUUUCAAACCUCACAGUCCAUUUAAUUACGAAUAAAAUGCGUCCGUGCACACGACGUACACACUAAGUGUAUAAUACGGGUACACACUCAAUACGUCAUCAUAAAGGUUUAAUUUAGUUUAUUUUUCAUUAUCAUUUUAUUUCUUUUAAACUAAUAUUUUUUUUUCAACAAGUAAAACGGUCACAGGUACCUAGUCAGUUGUUUUAGUUUUAUUAUUAUUCAUUUAUAUGCAAUUACUUGUUAGUUAUUAUUUUAGUUAUAAAUAUCUGACGAUUAUGAGUAUUGCUGUUUAUUCUAUAUAUAUCGUUAUUAUAAAUUUGUUAAAAUAUUAUUUCUUUUUAUUCUCAAAUAAA